GCCAUCUUAAUGUAACGAAACCAAUAUUAAGUUGCGAUUUCGAUUUGCCUAAGAAAACAAAAUGGCGUUCAUCAAGCGAAAUCGACGCUGAGCGUUGUUUCGAUUUUAAAACAAAAAUAAAAGCAUUCAUUUUUAUUCAAAUGUGUUAAAAGUGUGAUACAAACAUGGAGUUUGACGAUAUUGUGGUAAAAGAGACCCCGGGUCUGUGCCGGUGCUGCCUGUCCGAGGGGUGUUACAAAGAUUUGAGCACCGAAUACACUUGGAUGGACGACCAAGAAAUAUACGCCGAUAUGCUGUUAGAAUGCUUUGAUAUUAGUAUCUCCCAACACAUGGAGGGGCCGAAUGGGCCAAACAGACUGAUUUGUGAGGUUUGCAUCACACGGCUGCGGGAUGCAUGUAAUUUUAAAAAGCAGGUUCAGGAGUCGGAGAAGAAGUUUGUGGAUAUGGUGGGGCGAGGAGAAUUUAGGACUAGAGCAUCAGUAUAUCCAGAGCCGAAAGCAGAAAUUACACUAGAAAUGCAACCGAUUGAGGAAGCUGAGGUCGAGUACCUGGAGGAUGAUAUGGAUUAUGAUGAUGGUAAUAGAGAUGAACCAGAAGCAACUGUAUCAGAAGACAUAACGGUAACAGCACUACCCGUUAAGGCAAAAAGAGGUCGCCCCAAAAAGUUGUUGGUCAAACCAGAGAAGAAAAAACCCAAAGUAGAGGAAAAACCCAAAACUAGGAUUGCUAAAGGGGAAGCUAGAGGUGGCCAGAAAGCUGUCAAAGAAGUAGAAUCAGAUGACGGACUGGAUCUAGCCGAGAUGAUACCGAGACCAGUGCUGACGUCGAAGGACAAGAGGAAAAUCAUGCGGAACAACGUACUCCAGGUGCUCCUGAAGUCGACGAUCAUGCCAUUCAGAUGGCUCAAGAGUUCCUACAGAUGUUUCUAUUGCUACGAGAUCUUCCAAGAGUCUUCGGACUUGAAGAACCAUCAACACGUACACAUUGGAGACGAGAUCAAAGAACAAGCUAUGAACAACUAUUGGGAUCCAGUAGUCUACGUCGAUAUAUCCAAUUUAUCGUGCAAACUAUGCCCCGAAAAUGUCACCGAUUUGUACGAACUUAUAGACCAUUUAAUAGCGCAACAUGGUGUUGUCUAUAACAAAGAUGUCGGAAUUUGUAUGGUCGCUUUCAAACUCGAUAAUUUCACAGUCUACUGUCUCGCUUGCGGGGCAAGCUUCUAUACCUUCGGGCCAUUGUUGCAUCAUACAAACAAAGACCAUAAGGGCACUUCAGCGAUUCUGUGCGACGUUUGCGGGCAGCAUUUUAAGGACUCGAACCUUUUGAGGCUACACGUGAAGACAAUACACGAGAACAUGGGGCUAUUGUGUCCGGAGUGCGGCGAAAAGUUUGAGACGCGAUCCAAAUUGAAGACCCACCAGAAAAACCAGCACGAUAUAGAUAAGAAAUAUAAAUGCUUGGUGUGCUCUUUGACAUUCCAGAGCCAUUACAAGAGGUCGAGGCACAUGGCAACAGAACACAAGAAUCGCCAGGAGAUCAAAUGCUUGCACUGCCCGAAAACCUUCGUAUUCCGCAGCAUGAUGAUGACGCAUCUAAGAGACACCCAUCUGAAAGUCCGCAACCAUAUCUGCGGGGUUUGCGGCUGGAAAGCAUUCAACAGCAACCGUCUAAAGAACCAUAUGUACAAACACAGUGGGGAGAAGAACUUCAAAUGCGAAGCGUGUGACAAAGCGUUCACCACGAGGAAGAUUAUGCGCGCGCAUUUUGCUAGAAUGCAUAAGUCUGUGCAGCAACCUAUAAUAACUUACGAGCACACUUAUGUGCAACAGUAGCGUUCAGUCUUUAUUUAAACUUAAAGGAUUUUUUUGGCAUAUGUACAAUAGCUUUUUGUGAGAGAGCUCAUAAAGGACCACUGUCAUGCUUAUUUUGGCCACCGAACAGCUAUGGUCUGGUCUGAAGGGCAACGACGUGUUCCUUGCAUGUCCUGCGAAGUGUUUCUCUGGUUAGGUAUAGGCGAUAGUUUUCCAUUCACCAUAAUGGGCUAGCUGCCUUGUCCUUCCUAAUAAAACAAGUUUAUAAAUGUAUAUACAAAAUUUAAAAGGCCUUGAAGUUUCAAUUAAGCUAAGGUCUUCCUAACAUGGAUGCAGAAACUGUUAUAUGCCCUUGUGACAGUCUUAUUGCGACUGUUAACGCCAUCUAGUAGGAUAUAUCGCAGUUUCGACUUCCUUGUCAUAGCUCCUUAAUUAAAUGAGACAUUUUAACCAAAAGCCGAUAUCUCGCUGUCUUAAAAUAACUUUUUCACACCGAUCGCUCGACAAUUAAAUAAAUAGCCUAGUUUUGAAAGGUCAAGUACGUCAAUACAUUCUAUUGGCUUAGCGGGUAAGCAAUGUUGUAAUGGAGUCCCUAGCAACUUUUAUGAUUUGAAUUAAGAACAGCGCACGGCGUAUCUGAAUAAAAUCUGCUCAUUCUUUCUAAUAUUGCUGUCUCGCUCUAACGUAUGAAGCCGUCCCUGUCACUCACCAGAGGCUGUGUAGCGAACCAUAGAGUAUAUAUAGACUGUAAAAAAAACCCCUCCAAAACUUUAUUUUAUUGCCUUACGAGGUGUAAAAUUAGAGUAUUCAUCUUACCUGUCUUCGUUUUGGGCGUCUCUAAAAUCCUUCGUUUGCUUGGAAUGUAUCCCGGCGUAACGUUACGUAAGACAUUGUUGCACAAUCUACUGUAACAUUUCAAUUUGCCUGAACUGCUAGGUGCCUAAAUUAAAGGAGACUUAAAAUAAUCAAUCAUCCCAACAUAUAUAGUAUUAUUUAGUUUCUCCCAAAGUUUUUAUAAAUAACUAAGAAAAGCAUAAUCUAAAUUUGCCUUAAGAGGUAAUUUUGCCAUUUUUUUCCUUCGAAAUAAUAUUAUUUACAGAUAACUAAAAAAACAUACUCCAAAUUUUCCAUUUUUUCCUUUGCUAUAAUAUUAGUUACUCGUGUACAACAGAUGACCAUUUAGUCAGAAAUAUGGUCAAGACUUUUUUUUUAUAUUUAGCUGUAAAAUGUUUCAUAGCAUUAAAAGUAGUAAUAGGUCUCUUCAAAUAAUAAUACGUAGUCCACUUUAUCUGUCUGCGAUCUACGUUUACCAUUCUAGUUUUUAGGCUAGCGUCCGUUCUCACAUACAUGGCCCGCCCAGCUCUCAACUACAUCUAAGAUAAAAAAAACAUCAAAAAAUGUUGUCUAGUCUUUUGGUUUUAUUAAAAAAAGUAGCACUUAACUUGCAUAGAUAACAUAGAUGUGCACAGAUGCUAUUUUAAAUUCGACACGUAAAUAUCUCUCUUACUACAAUCAAUAAAUUGUUUCAUAUAAAUCUAAGUUUCUUUACACAUAUCGGUAAAAAAUCACGGAACUUCAUAAGAAUGUAGUUGGCAAUAUGGCUAUCUUAGCGUACUGCAAGUAUAUCUUAAAUCUACUUAGUAGUCGUUCUCUCUCAUACUAUAGUUUUUGAAUGUAUUAUAAGACAUCUUAAAAUUAUAUCUCUAUAUAUUGAAUGUUGCACUAUCCCGUUUUCCGUACUAAACAUGCUUCAUCAACCAAAGGUUGUCUGGAGGUUGCUUCAAGCGAUAAGGCCGCCUUUGCGCAUAUAUAUUUAUUUACCUUUUGUUUUGUUCAAUUUGUUUUUUUUCUGUAUGUGCAAUAAAGACUAUCUAUAUAUCUAUCUAUCUCUUUAUAUUUCCAUUAUUUAAAGAUGGACAUCUCACACUAUCAAUAUAAAUAAAUUUAUUAAUUCUAAGCAUUAACAAUUAUUUAGACUAAUUGUAAAAAUAACAUUGUGAAUAAUCGAUUGAUAAUUAAAAUCAUUUGUAUGCAACACUAUUAUUUCUCAAUACCUAUGAAUCCAAAAACCCUUUAAAGGAAUGGUAGAUUUUAAAUUGAAUAAAAGCUCGAACGAAACCGAAACCUCAUUUUUCUAAAUGUAACGAGUAGUUAAGAAGAUACUAAGGAUCUGAACUAACAAACUCUCAAAAAACCCCUAUUUGGAUAAAUGUUAACUAUGGAUUACCUCCUCACAUAGUUGCCGAUAAUAGUAAAAAAUUCAUAUCAUUUGAUAACUAAGAAUAAACAGAUUCAAUAUGAAGCUAAGAAGAGAUUUU